GUUCCAUUUUUAUCAUUUUUCCUUUCCUUUCCAAUUCCAAUUUCGCAUUUUACUUUUUAGUAUUUUUCACACACUUUCGAUAAUAUUUUGCUAGCAUAGACGAUAGCUGGUACUACCUUGAAAUUGGCGUCGGGGCAGAGCUCAGCACGUACCAGGUACUUUCUCAUAUUUAGGCCAAUCGCAGUACGAGUUAGCUUUCUGCUACGCACACCAAUAAAUGAAACGACGGCAACACACCUGGUACGCUGGGACCAAUGAGAUCCUGCAGCUGAUAGUCGCGCAGGCCCAGGGAAGUUCAACAGCAAAGGAGAAGGAGGGUCGAUUGAGGACAGUUGUGUUGCUGCAGGUGCUAGUCAUGAUGCUGCAGCAGAUCGGCAGGGUGGUUUGGGCCGGAGACAUCGAGGCGCUGGUAGAGGCUAUGUGCGCGCCCAGGGAGAAAGAAGUGGUGAUGUGGGCAGCCACCACGCUGCUCGGGUUGCUAGACACAUCAGACGCGGCAGUAUCCAAGCGGCACAUGCGGCAGGCAGGUGGCUGCAGGUUUCUUGAGGUGUUCAGCAAAACACUUCUGCAGUCAGCCAAUAUCUUGGCUCAAGGCAGCAGCAAGCAGAGGCAGAAAUCAAACACCAUGCUUGUGUUGGUAUGUGCAGCCAUGGCAAAGCAGUUUGCGUUGUGCACUGAGUACCACUGGGGGAUGAUCGACCUGGCGUUUCUGCCUGCAUUGCUCGGUGUCGCACGCCAGCCAAUGUCUGAGCUUGAGCUUUUGCGCAUGCCGGUGGAGAGUCUCGUGCGGCUGUGUACUUUUCUCACAGCAUAUCGGCUGGCAGCAGCAGAGGAAAAUGCAAUGGAGAUGGCAAAUCCACAGAUGGUGCAGCUGCUGAAGCUGGGCGCUGUCGAUGUCAUCACUGCGUGUGUCCGCCAGGAUGACCAGGGCAUGUCCCCAUGGGGCAUUGGGUUUCUGCAUGAGUUCGUGUCGCGAAUUCUGCUGGAUGUGGAGGCAACCACUGAACAGAUUGAGCAGUUAUGUGAACGUGCACUCAGCAUGCGAGGCACUCUCUUUAUAACAGUGGCGCAGCACACAGCUGUCACUAAUGACGAGCAAACUGCACGAUUCAAGAACAGACACAAGGUAAUGAAGUUUGAGGUUGGAACAGCAGUCCUUAUCCGCGGCAAGCACAUGCACAAACUAGCACCUGGCACCUACAAGCUGGAGGACAUGACAUGUGAACCACUGCUGCGCAAUUAUAUGACGUCACAGCUUAUUCCGCUUGCGUCAGCGCCCGACUUUGAUGAAACACAUGUCGAGGUGUUAGCCAUCACCAGGCACAAGAACACACGUGGUGGUAUCCGCUACUUAGAGCCAACAAGCAACUUUGGAUCACUGGAUCUGAUUCAGGAGUACUGGGACAAGAUUAGCGACGAGUCUCGUAGGGAGUGA